CAGUUCGUGCUAUAUCGUAAAGAAACGUGUUCUGUUUACUCUGCGAUACGGUCGCAUACACGCGCAUCACUAUACGUAAAAGCCAGUGCAAGUAUCGAGAGGCUAUUAUAAUUUGUCGAUAGUAAUUUACGCCCCUCAUUACGCCAUUGCCAUUCGUGGGGUUAUGUGAUACGCUCGUGUUUUUAUACUGUGUCGAUAGUUGUCCGAAAAUGUUUUAUUUUAAGGAAUGUCUCAUGUUACUGCUGAUGAUCAGCGGGCUGGCUUCAUCAGCGUCACCAUGCUGUCCCAACAACGAAAUCAUCCGACCUAGAGGGUACUGCCGCGAUAACUCCACGGACAGGAUCAACCUGAACUGCAAGAUUGGGCACAUGCUCCUCAAGGACAUCAUCCUCGACGGGAACAAGGUGUCUACUCAGGACUCGCCCAAAUUCAUCUUCGUGGAGGAUCCUGAUUUAUUUUGCAUCGGCCAAAUGUAUCGAAACGCAAGCGAUCUAAGCCUGGGACUGAUCCCAGUCGCAGUGACGUGCUUUGAAGAAAUUCCAAAAUCCAAUAUUGAAACUGGUGGAAUUCUGACGCUUGUAUCUGUGGUCUUCCUUCUCCUUACCUUCGCCGUUUACAUGUAUUUGCCGCAAAUGAGGGACCUACAGGGUGUAUGUUACAUGUGCAUGUGUGCAAGCAUGGCGUUAGGGUUUCUAUCUCUUGGCAUUCUACAGCUCAGCCCCGGAUUCAGAGGUCAAAUAUGUGCAAUCACAGGAUUUCUAGUCUACUUCUGGAUGAUAGCUACGUUCUCGUGGAUGAACGUGAUAAGCAUAAACAUGUAUAGAACUGUUGAAGAUGCCAGUUACUUGAAGAAGACCGAGAGGAAACAGCACCUCAUAUACAAUUGCUACGCUUGGGGCUUCGCCAUUUUCUUCUUGUUCGUGUCUCUUAUAACCGAUCUGGUGGAAGGAGAGCACUAUAAGCCAGGAAUAGGAGACAACAGUUGCUGGUUUAAUGGUCGUACUGAAACAUGGAUAUUCUUCUACGGACCAAUUGCCGUGUUGAUCACCGCAAACAUACUCCUCUUUGUAUUGUCGUCCUUGAAAUUGUGGAGAAGUACCAGAAAGUACGAAGUCAACAAGUUAAAUAACCUCAAGCAUAAGUUCCUGACUUCUCUGAAACUAUUCCUGGUGAUGGGCAUUUCCUGGGUAUUCGAAAUAGCUAGUUUCGCUCAUGGCGAAUCCCACGUAAUAUGGCGAAUAAUGGACAUUUUCAACUGUCUCCAAGGGGUGGUGAUAUUUUUAAUCCUGGUUGUAUUCCGGAGGCGCGCCAUACGUGGUCUUGCCAGUGAGAACUGCUGUUUGUUCAUCACUCGUCCGUGGGCUGAGAAACUGAGUCCAGAUGAUGAUGCGGACGACGAGGAAAUACUGGCUGAUGAUACGGUGGAGGUUAGGCUUAAUUGAUAGAAAAAAAAAAAAAUGUUGCCAAAUUACGAAUUUAUAGAUAUACAGUAUAUUGUAUAUAGAUUUUGAUUGGGUGCCCGUAAAGCAAAAUCUUCCUAAUGACGCCUACACCACUAUUUUUUUAUGUUAUAUACUGUUAUUGCGUCUAUAAUUUUUGCGUUUAUAAUGUAAUAUACUCACUAUUGAUAUCUACUUUGAAGGUAGUUACGAAAAUGUUCCAAAAUUUUGCGAAAACGGUCAAUAUUUGUCAAUCAAGAACAUCGUAGAAUAUACUCGUAUAUAAUUAAUCUGUGAAUAAGAAGUCUUUUUAUUUGCUAACUUCAGACAAUAAAUAUUGGCUGGUUAAUUAUAUAUUCACUAAACUCGUGAUCACCACAAAGCACUCAAGUAAUACAUACCUCAGUGAUUUUAAGUACCCCUUACGUACCUAGUACAUUUAAAUUUAAAUUAGGUAUAAAUUGUCUAUUUAAACUUAGCUGAAAGGUUUUCAAAGUUGAAAACAGCAACGUAUUGAGCCGCUGGUAGGAAUACUUCUAAAGCUGUACUGUACUGUACUUUUAGGGUGUUACUUGAGCAUUAUGAUAGGAAAACUUAAUGAAGUGAGUCACAUAAAUUUAUGUCAUAAUUAUAUACUUUUAUAUUGUACGUUGUAUAUAGAAUUAAAGUUACUAUAUAAAUUACUACACUGUACUAGAGAUUACUUAAUAAUAGAUUUAAGCUCACUAAUUUGAAUCUCCAAAAUCAAAAUAUACUCGAUAGUUUUUAUUCGUUUGAAGAAAGUCAUUUAGUGUGAAAUAUUGAAAUUAAUGUUUUUAUUUAAGUUAAGACCUAUUUUAAUUUAAGAAUGCAUUUAAGUUUUUCGUGCAAUAUUGUACACAUUUUAAUUAUCAGACAAUGUAUUUAUAUUGAGAAUAGUUAAAUGUAAUAUGCAAAAAAAAUAUUUAAGUACAUAAUUAAUUUUAAGUUCAAUUUUCGUUAUCUUUUGUGAAAGUGAAAGGUCCAACAGAUCAAUUGAACGAAAUUUAUUAAAAAAAAAUAAUAGACCAAAUAUGUUAAAGAAAUAUAACAUGUGCCAUAUUUUAUUUAUUUAUGUUUGUUGUAUUAAUAUUUAAACGAUUCAGUUACCUUUAUUCUCCUUUGUUUUCAGAUUAUUUUUAUUUUAGUUAGAAAUUAAUUAGUUAAAACUUAGGGUUUUCUAAUUUUUCGUAAACCGCGACACCAAAAAAAUAAAAACCCUACCAUGUAGCGGAAAACAAAGAAACUAUUAUCUUCCACUAGCUAAAGCACUGAAGACUAAAAAGUGGUAGUUUCUGGUCAGGCUAUACUCGAAAAAUGCAUGCUAAACCUCAGAGUUUGAAUAAAAAGCAGAUUGCCUGAUAUUUAUGUAAAGCAAUGAAUAAAGAUUAUCAUGUUAAUAUUUAA